AUGGACCAUACUGAUGAAUAUCACAAAGAGAUAUCAUCCCUUAAGGCAAAGGAAGAUGAAACGAGCCUCAAGCUAAACCAAGUGGCACAAGAGCUUGAAACAAGCAAGAAUGAUGGAUUUAACAUAAAGGAGAAACUUGAAGCCACUGAAAAGGCAAAAGAGGCAUUAGAAAAUGAAAUGAAAAAACUAAGAGUCCAAACAGAACAAUGGAGGAAAGCUGCAGAUGCUGCAACAACAAUAUUAGCAGGAGGAGGCAUGGAGAUGAAAGGGAGAAGGCUACCAGAGAGGUGUGGAUCAAUGGAUAAGCACUAUGGUAAUGUAUUUGAACCAGGUGUUGGCGGAUAUGGCGGUCACAUGGGUUCACCAGGGUUGGUUGAUGAUUCCGAUGCUGUUUUUGGACACGGGAAAAGAAAAGGUUCCGGUAUUAAGAUGUUUGGUGACCUCUGGAAGAAGAAGGGCCACAAAUAA